AGUAGAUGAGGUCGCAUACACCAUAAUAAAUUCGGCUGUGGAUUGAACCAGUCAUCUUUAAUUUAAUUGAAACUAGAUUCGUUCGUGUUGUUGCCUGAAGGAUUAAACGUUUAUUUAAUAUCAGUUGACGCUUGGUGAAACUAUGAAGUUUUCAACAUUUAUCGGUGUCCUUUUGGGUGUGUCGUGUUGUCAUGGAUACAGUUUGGGCCCUCCUCUGAAUGCUUGUGGUGCCAUGUUUCCAUGGGGUCAUGGUGUGCAAGCGCGCAAUGAUUCUCCUCCGUUCAGCUUUAGAUUAAAUUCGACCUCUUACAGCCCUGGAGAUGUCAUUGAAGUAUUUCUCAACACAUCGCAGGAGAUGUUUGGGGACUAUUUUCUAGAAGGCGCAUUGAUACAAAUGAGGCCGGUCACGUGUAAAGUGAACUCCAUUGGAACUUUUUCUGUACAACAACAGGAAGACUUUUUGGAGCCUUUUGGGUGUUUUGAAAGGGAUGGGAGUGCCCUGCGUCAUUAUGCCCACAUUCAUAUCUACAACCGCACAUUUUACUGGACCGCUCCAAGCAAGCCCAGUGGUCAUCUCUUUAUCAGGGCGACCAUUGCUCGAAAUCAGAAGAACUUUUGGACGAAUGUGUAUUCGGAUUAUAUCCUGGACAAGAGUGGUGGUACACCGGCGAAUCUAAACCAUUGUACCACAGGCGGCGCCGUCAAGCUAGCUGUCUCUAGCAUUCUAGCUGGUUUCACCAUCGUGCUUACACUCAUUCUGUUAUAAUUAACCUUUCAUAUUUAUGUUAUUGAGAACGUUGUGUUAGCAACAACUUCAGUCUAUGAAUACGUGUCUAUUAUUGCACAACAAUAAUCACCUGUGUUUGCUUGAUUCAACGAAAUGCCUUGACUUUUCAUUUUAUUGUUGAUAAUAAAUCGAAAUGUUCUACCAUCUCAUUUACUACACUCUUUCUGCCAUUGUUGUCAUCAUCCUCAUCGAUCAAUCAAUUAUAGCUAAUUUUCGAUCAGCUGUUUUAUAUUAUACACUUGUAUAUAAUCAGGUUUUUAGUAUCAUUAACAUGCGUUUGUUACUUUGAAAUACCUGUUGUGUUGAUAUUUGUUUGUAUUUUGUGUGUGUUUUGAUAGCUCUUCAAUGGCAAAACGACAUGCACCAGUCGUAUACACAUACUUUAUAUCAUAGUUAGUUAUUCAUGUUUGCUUUAGCGAAGAUAAUUCUUUAUUAUAUGCUUUCCAGUGUUUUAAACAAUAAAUAUAUCAAAUUGA